CCCUAAGUUGCUGGCAAUUCUGUAUUUCACUUCUUUGACCCCACUAGCUGUCGUGGCAUCUGUGAGCCCCUCAGGAGAAAGCAAAGAAGUAGGUGUGCUGGCUAUUAGUUAGGUCAUUGCAUAAUCCCAGGCAUACUGCAGCUCACUGUUUCUCUAGCACGAGGAACGUGUGGAGUGUAAACUUUUGUUUCAUGGGACGUUUUUAAUGUUCCUGUACUUCUCUUUCUUUAUAGCGGAGAAAUCAUGGACGAAAAGGACGGCUUUUUGUUUACAAAGGGGGACGCGAGAUCUACGGUAGCCUUUAGCUGCUGUUGGCAUUUCUUUCGUGGCUUGGCUUCAGUCCCUUGGAAGUUGUGCAGGCCUCCCUGGGCAGACGGUUCCCCUGUGCUAAGGGGGCAGGUUGUUAGUUCAUCCUUAUCCUGGUUCUUGGGCAGUCGCUUAGGGGUUUUGCGCUUUGGCUUUUGGGUACCUUGAAUGUAAGGAUCAAGAGCAGGAACUGAAGUGGGAGCUAAUGUGGAUGACAGGCUUGUGCUUGCAGAAACAUGUUUUGCUGGAAAAAUGGUAUUGAGAUAUUCUGCGCUGAUGGCAAUUUCUUAGUCUCUUACAGCUUAACGUAUAGAUAUUCUAUAAUAGUUAAAGCCUGGCGGAAAAGUGCAUAAUUAAGGCAGGCAAUCAUCAGGGCUGGGAAAGAGCUGUCCAGCCAAUUAGGGAUGCAGAAGCUACCUCUCGUGAACGGAAUUUUAGUAAAAAAUUUAGAAGCCCUCCUGUACCACGUGGACCAACGGUAAGAAAGUGCACCCUUGACAAAAUAAAGCAUGGAAGAGUAACGGUAAAUCUGUAGGAUAAAAUCCUGUCCCUGGGUGAUGUUGCACAGAAGUCAUGUUCAGUAUUAAUUGAAGCAAUUUGAGCUGUCAGUGACUAUGGCUAAUGGUUGAGGUUAAAAAUAAGUUUUUAAUGUGAAUGCAGGUAGGCAUCUAUUUGCUUCUAAUGCAGUCAAGAUCCAUGUUAAAGAAAAGCUCUUUUCUACAGCAGUUCUUCUUUGGGUCAUAAGCCUCUUUCUCUACCAACAAACUGUUAGGAGCUCUGCAAAUAAUCUCUGUUUCCUACUAAGAGGUAUCAUCUUGCCAUUUGAGUUCUCCUUGCCACUUGGGAAACAGUGGCUAACAACAUCUAGCAUGUUGUUUUGCGUAUUGAAGAUGUCUGGCACCUUAGCAAACUGCAUCUGACCAUCAGUUACUUGGUAGGCUUUUCAGUUGGUUAGUUUGAAGGACUGGUGGUGAUGUCUGGUAGGCUUUUUAUGCCUCUUUUUUUGGUAAAAACAAACUUGCUGUACUUGAUACCACUGCAAAAAUUCAUGAUGCUGUUUUUGGAUGAUAAUUGGCUCCUGCUGAUGAUAUGAACUGCUGCCUCUGCUCUUUGUUAGUACAAUACUGUAAUCCUUCUUUCUUCCAUCUAGCACAACUGUACUACUGCGGCAAUCUCUUGGCUUUGCCACUUUUCUAGUGUGGUUGCUGGAUUUUCCACCUGAAUAGCUGUUGCGGCACGUCUUUGCAUCAGUGAGAUGAGCGGUGAAAAGAUGUCUAUGUCUUCUAAUUCUGCUGGGAUGUGAUGCGGACUGUACUGGAAGUUUGAUUGCUGGAGGUCUGAUCUGUGCAGCACCAUGGACUCAUCAGAAGAGACUGGAGGCUCUUCCACAGAAGAGAACUACUUUGUGAACUACACCUUCACUGAUCGUUCCCACUCAGGCCGCGUGGCCCAGGGCAUUAUGAAACUAUGCUUGGAGGAUGAGCUGUUUGCUGACGUUACAAUAUCAGUGGAAGGUAAAGAAUUCCAGCUGCACCGUUUGGUCCUCUCGGCUCAGAGUUGCUUCUUUCGUUCCAUGUUCACUUCCAACCUGAAGGAGGCCCACAACCGGGUGAUUGAGCUGCAGGAUGUUAGCGAGAGUGUCUUUCAGCUCCUUGUGGACUACAUUUACCAUGGGACUGUAAAGCUGAGGGCAGAGGAAUUGCAAGAAACCUAUGAAGUGGCAGACAUGUACCAAUUGACUGCCCUUUUUGAAGAAUGCUCACGUUUUCUGGCCCGUACGGUGCAGGUUAGGAACUGUCUGCAGGUCAUGUGGUUAGCAGAUCAACACAGUGACAUGGAGCUCUACACAGCUGCCAAACACUGUGCCAAGUCACAUUUGUCUCAACUUCAAGACACAGAGGAGUUUCUACACCUACCUCUCCGCCUACUGACAGACAUCCUUACAGAUGGCGUUCCAUGUUCUCAGAAUCCAACAGUUGCCAUAGAAACCUGGAUCAACUUCAACAAGGAAGAGCGAGCAGGCUUUUCAGAGACGCUGCGAUCAAGUCUCAAGGUGAUUGGAGAAAAUGUUCACAUCUACCUGAUUGGGAAGGAGUCAUCACGUACGCAUUCGCUUGCUGUCUCUCUGCAUUGUGCCGAUGAUGACUCCAUAAGCGUGAGUGGCCAGAACAGCCUGUGUCACCAGAUCACUGCAGCCUGCAAGCAUGGUAGUGACCUAUACGUUGUCGGUGGCUCCAUUCCACGACGCAUGUGGAAAUGCAACAACGCAACUAUAGACUGGGAAUGGUGUGCCCCUCUGCCCCGUGACCGGCUCCAACAUACCCUAGUCUCCGUGCCAAGCAAGGAUGCUAUAUAUUCACUGGGGGGGAAAACUCUGCAGGACACUCUCUCUAAUGCUGUCAUAUAUUACAGAGUACGAGACAAUGUAUGGACAGAGACCAGCCAGUUGGAAGUGGCCGUAUCGGGGGCUGCAGGUGUAAACCUUAACGGUGUCAUUUACCUGCUGGGAGGGGAAGAGAAUGACUUGGACUUCUUCACCAAGCCCUCUCGGCUUAUUCAGUGCUAUGAUACCAACACAGAGAAAUGCCACGUGAAGCCAUAUGUGCUACCUUUUGCGGGGCGCAUGCAUGCUGCUGUACACAAGGAUGUGGUGUUUAUUGUAGCUGAGGGGGAUUCCCUGCUAUGCUAUAAUCCCUUACUGGAUAGCUUCACCCGGCUCUGCCUGCCAGAUGCCUGGAGCUCAGUACCAUCCCUCUGGAAAAUUGCCAGCUGCAAUGGCAGCAUCUACGUCUUUCGAGACCGCUAUAAAAAGGGUGAUGCAAAUACUUUUAAACUUAACCCAGCCACCUCUGUUGUAACAGUCACAAGUGGUAUCAAAGUGCUGCUCACUAACCUGCAAUUUGUCCUGGCCUAAGAGGGAAAAACAGGCCCAGUGGUAGAAAGGGCAGCAAAGAUGUUCUGCAGUGCACCUCAGAGGCACCAAAUACUCUCAGCACCAGUUCCAAUUACUACGAGCUCACAACAUCCAGUAAACAGCCCGUCCUCUAUGUCUGCGCAGAGGAAGUACCAGCCAUCUGGCUGUGGGCCUAUUCUCUUACUUAGCACUAUUAAAGUUGAACUGCUACAUCUUAGGUUUCAGAUGGACUAAACGCUAUUACUGUGAUCUCUUGAUAAUAAGCUGCUUGUGUUUGAGGCCAAAGCUGCAGCAAGUGGCUUUUUUAGCCUGGAACUAUCAAACCAAUAACAAAUCCUAUAGCAUAUGGACAACCUCCUUUGUGGCCCGGACGGCUGGUUUUAACUGUCUGGGAGACUGCAUUGCUGCCGUUGCCAGUCAUGAAGAGUAGAUGCGCUGUGCCUGUCCUCCAGGGAAGUCCCCAUUUAAACAUUCCUGUGUCCCUGUAGCAGCUGGUGGGACUGGCAAUUACAUUAACAGUGGACAGAUGCCAGGGCUGAGCCCAAACCUUGAGUGGGUUGUAUGCUUCAGCACUUCUCCUAGAGGAGUGGUAACAAACUGGGAACUUGCUUUCUGCUGUAUUGUCACCAAGAAUAAAGAGGGAGAUGAUUCUUAAGAGCAUUGGCUUUCCUGUCUGUACAGGGAAUCCGAACCUGUAAUCAAAACAUAGUGUUGGUGAAAGAUGGAAUUAAGUCCACUUCCUUCUACCCCUCUCUGACACUGUAACCCUUUGGGUAAGAAAGUGAAUAAAGUCUCUGCUGAGACACA